CUCCGAUCAUCAACGCCCACUUCUUCAUAUGAUAUUGAAUGGGGACACGUGGGGGUAGGAGGACUGAUACACUUUUAAAGGAUACCUUGGUUGCUGACCUCCAGGAACCCGUGAUCGAGACCUUUGGCAUAUCCCAUCCUACGUUAGGCACGACUGGCAUCAUCGAGGUGACCAGAGGACAUCCAACGAGCAGCGCCUUUAACUUCGAUAACUGUUCUCCCUUCAUUGCGCUCUAGACUGGGAGCUCCGAUUCACCACUGGUGUGGAAGACUGCUACUAGCAGAUCCCCCAGCUGGAACGGUUGCAUCUUUGAUCAAGAUAAUUGAGAGUGUUACUACGGCCAUGGAAGCCAAGCAGAGGCUUACCGUAGCCUCGACCUGGCUCUUUGAGGAUACAGGUGUACACGAGAUACGUGAAAGUUAUAAGUCGGAUAUUCUCGUUGCUGGAGAUACUGUUGAGUAUGCAUCUGACGACGAGGCUUUCGUCAUUAAGACGAAUGACAUCGAUAAGUCAACGUCCAAGUUCGGCAACUUGAUGCCUGAUUUCAUUGAUGAGCAGAGGAAUAAAGACCUACUGGACGUGCCUCGGGUUCGUCGGAUCGAAGUAUCAGACAUAGUUGAUAUAGAUGGUAUUGAAAGCCAUGAGAGCACGCCGGAAAAGAACCGCAGAGAAACGCUGUUGGAAUUCGAAAACGACUCCGACCAGGAGACCGUAUCUGUUCCGAACAUUCGCUGCACCAGGUACUGGCUUUCUGCAAACGGGGGCCUUGGUUGUUUUGAGUGUGCAUUUGAGGAUAUCCUAGCGGAAGUUGCCCGCCUUACGGGAACAGAUAUAUCUGUCAAGGAUGAUAUCAAACGUAUCCAGGUGUCAGGCAACAACGAGGAUGACGUUGAUGACGCCUUAGAGAAGCUUUCCAGAAUCGAGAAACCACUGUCGCUUGCUGCACGUCCUAGAAUAGCACAUAUCCUACAAGCCCCGGAGGAAGAUGGUGUUCGCUUCCGCAUUGCAAAUUGCAGCACCAUCAAUGAAGUAUCAUUACGUCGCAUCCUUGCUGACCCUAUGGCGAAUAUGGCUUCGAGACUUCGCCAGAUGUUCAUCACCUUACUUCUGAACUUCGAUAGCGAGACUCAACAAUACGUUUUACCCGACAACAUCAACGCGCCAACCCCAUGCACAAGUCAACCUGGACGAUCACGUAUCUGGCAGGACUUCAAAUUCCAGGAGAUAGGAAACGGAGAAAGUUACAUUUCCAUUGAAGCAGAAGCAGAGAAGGAGGCCGCAGCAAAGAUGGGGUCCUGCGAUACUGAUAUAGAGAGCAAAGAUUCCGCGUCGGACAUAGCAGCCGAAGUCCCAGCGAUCGAGCAUCCAUACUUGACUGAACAGCAGGUAAAGGAAGUCGGGAAAUGGGUUUCUGAGGGGUUGAAGAAGGGUGCUGUUGGAGUAGCUGCGAAACAAGAGAUGGUACAAAUACCGAAGCCAGCCAAAGAUAUCGAACGCGGCGGCCAGGCAUUUACACCGGAACCCAAGAAAGUGGCUGGUAUAAAAACACGGAGACCACUUAUUGAAAACCAGCCUCUGAUCUCAGGCAACGAUGUACAAAGUGAUAAACUCGUGAAGACAGUUCCCAGUACCGAGUCUUCAGAUUUACAUCCACUUGAGAAGCAAGGUAUAUCGGAAUCAUCGGAUAAUGGCCGCAGAAGAUGGGUCAUGACCUACGACGCGGGUGAAAAUCAACCAGCAUUGACCUCAUAUCAGGAGAAUGAUGAGAAUAAGCAGUCGAACCAAAUGGGAAUAACAGGCCAAUAUGACGUUGACAUUCCUGCAAACCGACUCAUACCAGAAACACCAGAACGAUUGGUCUACGUUUCUGGUAUCAAGUUCCCAUCAAACUUUGACAGGAACAAGUAUGGGUCACCUGGAAAGAGCUCUGGGACAGAGAGGGGCAGAACUCCGGAUAGAGACACCCCGAACGCUUCGAAGGGCGAGAAGUCUCUGAAAUCAAUGCGAUUAAUCGAUAUUGAUAGUCCUCCCGACACGAGUUUAUUGCCGAGUGGCCAGCCUAUCUUAUCUUUCGACCAGCCGGCGCUCAUACCUGGACCGAGCGAGAGCGCAGCGACAAUUGACCCAUUUAUCACGAAAACGGUCGACGAUGAUGCUGAGCAGGAGAAAAGCCUAUCCGACUAUGAGACGGCUCCCUCAGAAUCUCGAAUCUCUGAAACGGCACCCAAGACUGAAUCCGACAACUUGAGCACGACACGAAUUCUGGAACUCAGGAAUGCACUUGCAACUCAAGAACUGGAAGAGGACCUAGAUGCAGUUUCAGUAGCAUUCUCUUCACUAAGGCCCUGCAGCCUGGCGAAUAUGAUGUACAAGGAAAGAUUGGCGGACCUCGAAAAAGCUAAUAAGAAAGAGAACGAACAAUUGGCAGAGGAACGCACUACGAGACAGUUUCGCCGCACAAUGGGCCAUAGAGCACCGAAGCCUAGUACUGCAUCAUCAAGCAAAGCGGCAAUCAAAGCCAAGAGACAAGCCACGCUGGAAGAUGCGUGGGGAGUCAGUUCUACCUUUGGCAGGAAGACUGAUGUGACUGCCACGGUAAAUGAGAAGACACCGGCAAAGAAGAAGCGCCAGGAGGCUGAACCUCUUAGCCUUAGAGAAAAGACGAAGAAUGCCGAAUCCGAUAGGAAAACGGCAGACACGUUGAAGCAGCUCUUCAACGCUCUUCAGCCAACUCUGGACGCCGCUCAAUCGUUUCCAGGGAAGCUCUCACUUGAGAUGCAAGUAGGUUUGAUAUUGAUACCGCUUCUUCCGAAGACCUAUAAAGGGGAUUUGAUUUCGGGCGAUGAAUGGAACAAAAUAUUCAAUCCGAGAGCUGGAGUCUUUGCACCAAGUACGAACUUCGUCCAGAGAGUUACUUCAUCUGGAACGGAUGUGGAUCAUAUAGUGGAUCUCAAGACCUCCAAAGAUGAAGGGAAGCAACGCCUAUUUGAACAAGAGUACACGGAUUAUUCUGUGGUAUACGAGUACCAUUGUCGGACCAAGAAUGACCAAGCUGUCAUUCUCGUCAUUGAUGAAGCUGGAAACAUCACCGUUAGGAAACCGGCUGUUACUCUUGGAGCAGUCAAUCUUCACUUCCCUGAUCAUGUUUGGGAUAUGAACGUGGUAGUUUCAGGGUUUACGGAGCAAGUCCACGGCUCUGACAAGGAGCUUGACCGAGCGAUUCGCCAUAUUACCGAAAACCUCUGGAUCCCACCAGAUAGGUCUCUUCUCAGAAUCUACACUCGAAUCCCGGAGGGAAAUGAGCUCAACGUUGAUAAGGUUCUGAUGAAGCGUUCUACCCUUCACCGGUCCUUGCGGUCUCAGAGUGAUACCAAGCAGAAGAAGCAUGGACCCCAGACUCAGACGGAGGACUUCAACUGCGGGGAGGAAAACAAACAAGACGUCUUCCUGAAGAUCACGGAGGUCCAGGAUCUCUGGACCGGUGUCACCCCUGCAGAUAACCGUGCCCUCCGCGCUCGCUGUGGACCACCGAAUGAGAUGAUCGAGAAAGGGAGACUGUGGCACGAAGUCUCCAUCGUCAGUCCUACCAUGGAGAACGUCUUAAACUCUAAUUCCAGCCUCGAGGUAGGCGAAUGUACCCAAGACUGGUCUCCUAUCGACCUCAUGGGCAACGAAGCCCACAUCGUGCUCCCAGGUCGUGCAAAGGAACGUAACGCAGACAGUAAGAAUUGCGCGCAAACCCCUAGUCCCAUUGCAGCCGCCAUUGGAUCAGCAGGAAUUGCUGAGAUGUUCCGCGUCGCCAGCACUGUCGUGCAGAAGAUGGACAGUGUUGGCUUUUGGAACAUGGGCCCGGGUAUCGAUGCAGCGAAAAAGGCAGCUGGAUUUGAAGUGUUGUUUUCAACAAACACUUUCUUUGCAGGCACUUUAACCGGCGCUCCCAGUAUGUCCAUGGUUAAAGCAGACCCCAAGGGAAGGAACUUCGAGGAUCUGGAAAGCGUCAAGGAAAUGGACAGCGCAAGCGUGGCAGGAGAAAGAGAGGUAUUGGAAUUCUGGUGAUUUUGUUGUUUCAGAAUGACUUUCCUUUCAUUUUCUUUCGGGACUCCUAUUCGCUCCGCUCAUUUUCUAUUUUUUUUUUUUCUUCUGAUACUCACUUCUCCCCAUAUCUGCUCGUCAAUAGCGGGCUCUUGACUACGCCAUCUUCACUACGGCGGAUACAGAUUCCCCUGAGGCUGAGCUGGGUUAUUCAUAACCGUUACUUUCCAACCUCCCCCCUCACUUUUCAUGUAUGAUACCAGAACUCCGCCUGAUAAUACUGCCUAAGUAGAAUGAAGAACAUUUUGUCUCCCCUCGAGUUCUAAGUAGCAACAAUAUAUGGUAGGAG